UUUCCCUGCGCUGGAUCGUCCUUGAUAUCCUUGCUGGAAGUGGUGCGAGUGGAAAUCCGUGAACCAAAAUGGGUUUAUUAACGAAUCCAUCGAUAUCGCAGAAAGCGAAAUACUGCCGGAAGCUGGUGCGGCACAACACGCUCAUCUGUUUCUCACUAUAUCUGCUGGGCGUUGGCUUCUUCUGUGCGCUGCCCGAUAACAACUUCAGUUCGGGUACUUAUUUCUCCGAGAAUGCGCUUCUGCCGGGACUGGUUAACUCGGAGCUAGGGAUGGAAACGGUGGCGCUCGUAAAGUCCCUGGCCGGAGAGUUGCAACGGGAGCGUGAAAACUAUCCGAAGGGUUUACCGUACCCGUGGUUGUUGGCCAAAAUGCGACGGUUUGGCCUCGAAACGCACACGCACAACUUUACGCUCAACUAUCCUUAUGGCGGCGGAAAGCGCUUCAAGGGCGAGAAUGUGUUCGGAAUUUUGCGCGCCCCGCGGAUUGCUUCGACGGAAUCGAUCGUCAUCAGCGUUCCUUAUCGACCGCCGGAGACCGUACACACGGAUGUAUCGGCCGGUGUGCCACUGAUGCUGGCAUUUGCUGACUUUGCGCGUAAAAAGAAAUACUGGGCCAAGGAUAUCAUCUUCCUGGUGACCGAACAGGAACAGCUGGGAAUGCAGGCGUGGCUUGAAGCAUACCAUGGCACCGAGGACGGUCCGAGGAUUCUCGAUGCCGGUUCGCUACGAGCACGUGCGGGCUCUAUUCAAGCGGCUAUCAAUCUCGAGGUGCAAAGUCUAGACAUAAGCCACAUAAACUUAAAAAUUGAAGGCCUCAACGGACAGUUACCCAACCUGGACCUUCACAAUCUGGUGCAGAAGCUAUCGUCAAAGAAUGGCAUCGUCGCAGGUUACAAGCAGACGUCCGCUAGUCCAAAGCGAUCCUACCGGUAUCAAGACAAACUGACAAACAUGCUCUCGAUGGUGUUCUCGCAGGCCAGCGGUGUACCGACGGGGAACCACGGUCUGUUCCAUAAGUACGGCAUCGAAGCACUGACCCUAGAGGCAGUCAAACGGGAGAAAGCGCAGGCACAGAACCAGGAGGUCGGUUCGAUGCUGCGCAUCAUCGAAGGUAUUACCCGGAGUUUGAACAAUCUUCUCGAGCGGUUUCAUCAGAGCUUCUUCUUCUAUUUGCUCGUAUCGAACGAUCGGUUCGUGUCGAUCGGUGAUUACAUGCCCAGCCUAGCGCUGAUGGCUGGCUCGCUGCUUAUCAAAGCGUUCAUUCAUUACCUGUCGAUCUACUAUUCCGAUGAUGACGCGGAAGGUUCGGAACAGGAAGUAGUACAGAAACCUACCACCGAUAUAGGGUACUUCUCGGUAGGGAUUGUCCUUCUGGUGGCACAUUCCAUCGGAGCAUUAGCUAUGUUCUUGCCCCACAGUGCAACGGUUAGCCGGUACUUGUUUGAAGCUAAUCUAUCGACGCAACUCGGACUGUUCACCUUGUUGAUCUCCAUUUCUACGAUUGCCGUUACACUGCCAGCCUUCUGUUCCCUGACGCCUCUCAAUGGGGAUGCGUUGCAAGUGGCAGUGCUGCUCGAGCUCGGGACGGUAUUGCUGGCCGUAGGAAUGCUCAACUUUUCACUUGGCUUUCUACUCUCGGUCGUCCUCGUGCCAUUCAUCAUACUACUUCGGCCAACGAUUUCCAGCAGGUCACGCCUGUUAUCUUGGUUUUGCUGCUUGUUACUCCAUCCCAUGAACUUGAUGUAUUUCGUACUGGUCGGUUUUACGUGGUACCUUUUCCCGGAGCUGGCGCUGAAACCGCUGCUGAGUAAAGCUCUUACGGCAACGAUGGAUGCCCUAACGUACUCCGUCGUCGAUUCCAUGAUCUACGGAAACUGGCUGUUUGAUCUGGUGUCGCUCAUUUUCAUUCCAUCCUGGAUUCUGCUUUGGGUGCUACUGUUCCCUAGGACUGAACCGAACGUGAGCCCUAAGCUUAAAACCAAAUAAUUAAAACCUACAGACUGUACUGUGUAAUAAAUUGGCAUUUCUUAAUUAGUGAAAAGAUGUAAACAAUGUUUUCGUUGUGAUAAUGUGUAUUCUUUUCUAUUCACUUCGUAUUUUAUAAAUGUUCUGCAUGAGCCACAUGCGAUUUCUAGCAUAAUAAAUGAUAAUAUUAACAAAC